AAAUGGACUUUGCAGAGGAGCAGGCGUCUGAGCUGGAGGUGCUUGAGUCUAUCUACCCGUCGUCUGAUGAGUUCAAGGUCCUUUGCCAUGAGCCCUUUGCCUCCUUUGAGGUCCUGGUCACAGCGACGGGCGACGGCGAGGAGAGCGAGGAGAGUGAUGAUGAUGACGAUGCUGGGGAUGCUGGGGAUGCUGGUGCUGCUGCUGCUGCUGGCGAUAACGGUGAUGGUGAUGAUAAUGAUGAGGAUGAUACGGCAGAGAUGCCACUGGCUCAUCGUCUCCGUCCCCAGGUCUUCCUCGUUGUCACCUAUGUUGCCGAGUACCCAGAGGUCGCUCCGAGCUGGACCCUCCGCCGCAAGCGUGGUCUCAACGCGGAUGGUCUUGCCAGGGUCGAAGAGGCUGUGGCUGAGUCUGUGGAGGACUCUAUCGGCGACAUCAUGGUCUUUUCUAUGGUCCAGGCUGCUCGUGAUGCGCUGGACGAGCUUGCAGAAGACGCGGAGGAGGAGCUCGCCGAGAUCAAAGCUGCCGAGGCUGCUGCCUUUGCGGCUGCAGAGGAGGCGCGCAAGGGUACCGCCGUCACCCGCGAGCUCUUUGCUCAGUGGGCGCCGGACUUUAACGACGUUAUCCGUGCCCAGCGCCGCGAGCGCGCCGAGGCCAUGUUUGCUAAGCGGUCGUCAUCGGCGUCGUCGGCCGCCAAGGCCCGCAAGGCCAUGCAGAAGCGGGCCGGCCGACUCUCCGGUCGGGCCAUCUUUGAGUCUGGCCUCGUCCGUGACGACUCGGAGGCUCCGUCCGAGGCUGGCUCGUCGGCACCUCCCUCGGGCGCUGCCACUCCGGCUUCCAACACCGCUGCCGAUGCUGCUGCUGAUGCCAACACCGUCAACGCGGCCCUCUUUGCCGGCCUCGAGCUCUCGUCCGACUCGGACUCGGACUCGGACGAGUAA